AUGCUGCUGUUGCCUCGCAGUCACCGCACUCUAACGCGUUCGGUAGACGUAUCCAUUGCACAAACGUCUCAACGCCUUGCGCGUCAUGCAGUGCUCGCGGUAUCCGCUGCCGCCUUUGCUUCUUCGCUCGCAGUGAGCGCGUCAAGUGCUGCCUCAACAUUGUGCGAGGCAGCAAAGCCAAGCGCUGAGCUUCGUGACCUCGUCGCAAGUCCCGAAGAGGUUCUCUAUCCAGCAGUUGAGCCCUUCAACACCGGUACCAUUCGCGUCUCGCCCGUCCACGAGCUGUACUAUGAAGAGUGUGGGAACCCGUGCGGGAAACCCGUGAUCAUGGUACACGGUGGACCCGGUGCGGGCUGCUCGAACAGCAUGCGACGAUUCCACGAUCCGCGGGUUUACCGCAUCAUUUUGCUGGACCAACGCGGUGCUGGACGGAGCACACCCCAUGCGUCACUGGACGAGAACACGACGUGGCACUUGGUCGACGAUAUGGAGAAGCUGCGGAGUCACUUGAACAUUGACAAGUGGCAAGUCUUUGGAGGUUCGUGGGGCAGUACCCUGUCGAUCGCGUAUGCUAUCACGCAUCCCACUCAAGUGACGGAAUUGGUGCUGCGCGGGAUCUUCCAUCUGCGCAAGCAGGAGAUUGACUUUUACUAUCAAAGUGGCGCCAGCUUUAUCUAUCCCGAUCGCUGGGAGGCUUACCGUGAUGCGAUUCCCGAAGCAGAGCGCGGGGACUUUGUCACGGCGUACCACAAACGCCUGACAAGUGACGACCCAAAUGUCCGGAUUCCAGCAGCUCUGGCCUGGACAACGUGGGAGAAAACGACGAGUAACCUCAUUCCUCCGGCGGAUGCUGCUGACAAGUCAAUGGACGAAGAAAAGUUUGCCGAAGCAUUUGCUCGCAUUGAAAACCACUACUUCGUGAACAGGGGCUUCUUCCCCAACGACGAGUUCCUGAACGAGAAUGCUCACAAGAUUCGCCACAUACCUACUGUCAUUGUCCAGGGACGGUACGACGUUGUUUGCCCGAUGAAGACAGCCUGGGACUUCCACAAGGCUUUUCCAGAGGCUGACUUCCGCGUGGUCCAGACCGCCGGUCAUUCUGCUAUGGAGCCUGGCAUUGCCAAGGAGCUCGUCGACGCCACCGACAAAUUCAAGAACUUGUAG